AUGAGACGAAAAGUACAGCGCUCACUGAUCCAACUCAUUUUCUUCGCCUGCACCCUCUUCCUAAUUCUCUACCUAAACCGCCCAACUCCCCACAGCAAAUCCUUCAUCUGGACUAAAAUCCGCUAUCAAACACGGGCAAGCACCCUCCCCUCGUCGCGGGGUGUAUGUCCAAACCUCCAGUCACAAAGCAGCAAGCCUGCCCUCAUAGUCUCGCGCGUCUCCAGCGACGGCGAUGCCUCGUGGCUUAACUCCCUCGCGGAGAAAUACACAUUAUGCGUGUAUAACGUCGACGCCCUCGACCAAACCUCUUCAACUCUCCAAGUCCCCGCAAAUCGGGGCCACGAGGCAAUGGCCUACCUCACAUUCAUCAUCGACAAUUACGACAAUAUCCCUUCAUCCGGCGCGGUGUUCGUACACGGCUCCCGCUGGGCCUGGCACAAUGACUCGCCCGACUACGAUAAUCUAGCCCUGCUCUCGGCGCUGGAUAUCCACUCCGCCCUCAGCCGGACCGGCUACCACAAUCUCCGCUGCGACUGGAGCACGAGUACAUGUCUGCCCUCCGCGCCGGCGCAGGGGUCUCUCGAGAUGCGCUUGCAGUCGGCUGUCGCACCGUGGAGCGCGCGCGCAGCAUCCGACAUGGCGCUGCCAGCGGCACUAUCCUCCCUCUUCGGCGGGGAGGAGCUCUCGCCUCGGGACGUGCGACUCCGACUGGGGCGGAAUGACGCGGUAAGGUCGCAGUGCUGCGCGCAGUUUGUUGUUUCGCGUGAGCGGGUUUGGCAGCAUUCGCGCGAGGAGUAUGUUGCAUUAAGGCAGUGGUUGCUUGAUGGGAUGGGGGAGCGGGUGCGUAGGGAUGAUGGGGUUGCCCCCCGGGAUGAUAAGGUUGCUGGGCGGAUUUUGUCUUAUUUAUGGCAUAUUCUUUUUGCGAAGGCUGGUGCGGAUGGGAUGGUUCGUCUGGAUGUAUUGAAUGAGGAGGCUUGUCCCAGUGCGGAGGAGUGUUAUUGUCGCCUGUAUGGGAGGUGUCAGUUGCAGUGUCCUAAUCCAGGUUCUUGUUGGGGACAGUAUCAGGUUCCGCCGUAUUAUCGGCUGCCAGAAGACUGGGCGGAGACGCAUUCAUGA